GAGGAAUGAACCAUAUAAAUCUAGUCCAACUUCACACACCUGUGUCGUCAAGACUAGCGAAACAUGUCAGGUAAAAUAGACACGUCGACGUUGCUCUUCGACGUCCCGCCGGUGCUGAUGGGGUCUUUCUGUAGACUGAUUGACAGCGGGGUCGACGGUCUGGGAUGGAGAGCUUUAGCUACUCACAUCCUUCCCAGUCAGCUGGAAGUGAGAUGUACUGAAAUGUAUGUGGCUGCUGGGAAAAGUCCGACACAAGAGCUCAUGUGGUUGUGGGCCCAGCAGAAUAAAACAGUAGGAGAUCUUUUGAAGGUUCUGGAUGAGAUGGGUCACACUCGAGCCAGGAGUCUUUUCCAAUCGCAAGACUCAUGCAAACUGAAGUCAUCCUCACCCCCUCUCUUUGCCACGUAUCUGCCAAACACUGAGAAGUCCUGUCAAAUUUCAGCUCUUUAUCCAGAGUCUGUGUCUGUUAAAGGUGAAAAACAGAAGUAUUUCAUCACAUAUUCUGACGUCAUAGAGGGAACGAGACAUUUCCACCAGGACUUAAAAAUAGGAUCGAGCGUGUGCGUCGAGGUCUACUGCGGAAAAUGGGGAAACAGGUCUUUUGUGGUGAAAGUUUUCAAACAGGAAAACAAAGCUAAUUGGAAGGCGUUGUGGGGAAAAUUCACCAAAGAAAUUGAAGUUCUACAAUUCUACCAGCAUCCUAAUAUCUUGGAGUUAUGGGGCAGCUUUUCAGAGGCAGAUCACUUCUGUUUAGUUUAUCCGUACCUUCAUAACGGAUCAUUGUUCCACAGGCUUCAUGAGGAAGUUCAGAGUUCUCUAUCAUGGCAGGAAAGGCUGAACAUCAUCAAAGGCACCGCAAAGGCAAUCCACCAUCUACACACUGCACAACCGUGCGUGGUUAUUUGUGGAAACAUUACGAGUUCAAACAUACUCUUGGAUGAGCACCUGCAGCCCAAGUUAUCAGAUUUUGGAUUAGCUCAUCUCAGACCGCACUCUGUUGAUCAGAGCUGCACUAUCGUCCUGGAUACAGCCUCCCAUAGCAACCUUGGCUAUCUCCCAGAGGAGUACAUCCGCGAUGGCAAGCUAUCAAUCAAACUUGACGUUUAUAGCCUUGGGAUGGUUAUAUUAGAGACCUGUACAGGACAAAAGGUGAAACAGGAGUCAGCAAAAAAUCUGUUUUUGAGAGAUGUACUGCAUUCAGAGUUUGAGGAAAAAAGCUCUGUGGAUGCCUGUCUGCGGUUUUUAGAUCCCAAAGUUGAGCACUGGCCUACUGCGGUGGCACUUUGUCUGCUCCGAAUCGGACUAGAGUGCACAGGCAGCAAAAUGCGAGUCAGGCCGAGCAUGGAAAUGGUGCUUCAGAGACUAAACCAACUUCUGCCCAUGCCUGCACUGCCUGAGGACCAGCCACACACUCUAGAUGAUACGAUCCCUCUUCAGCGGCCAUAUAAUGGCCUUAGUCAGCGUCUAAGCUUCCCCAUUGAAUUUGAUGAAAUGUACAGCCCACUGGAGGAACCGCUACCUCCCAGAGUUCCCAAUCUGGCAGAGCCCUGCGAGUGCAGCCAGUCUGAGGUCACUUUCUUGAGUGUUGGAGAUCCCAACUUGUCGCAUUCCCUCAGGGAAUGUCUUCAGGAAAAUGACAGAGUGGUUUCAGCAUCACAAAGUCUGCAGUCAGACUCUGCAGCUUGCCUGGACUUAUAUGGGAACUGGCCAGUGGAGUGCAGCUGUAGCACUGGAACUGAAGUGCUGGGAUGUGAGGACUGCUGUGCGAAUGGCUUCAGUCAGUCUGUUUUAUAUGUAACUCUAGACGAUGAUGCCCAGCCCUCUCAGAAUAGCAUCACGAAUCCAGCAAAAGAGAAAAUAAAGAAUAAAAUUAAUCUGUACAACCAGGGGUUAAUAAAAACUGAAGAACUUCUUUCGCUUAAAUCAGAGUGAAUCAGCAAGGUUGGACAUCUCAAUAAAAAAAAUAAAAAAUCAGCAGUGGGUAGUGUUGAUGCUCAUUUUGUAUAAAUGUUUGUUUUUUUCUU